AUGCCUACCACUUUGAAAGAGUUCGAGAGCGUCUGGCCGCGCAUUGUGGCCGAUCUCGAAGAGCAUUGCAAACAGUACAAGCUGCCUCAGCAGUCCCUGGAUUGGUUUGUCAAUUCAUUGAACUACAACACUGUAGGCGGAAAAUGCAACAGGGGAAUGUCUGUGGUGGACACUGCCUCCAUCCUCUUGAAUAGGACACUCGAGCCUGGCACCGAGGAGUACUUCAAGGCGGCGCUGCUUGGCUGGAUGAUUGAGCUACUUCAGGCAUUCUUCCUUGUGUCAGACGACAUCAUGGACUCUUCAAAGACCCGCCGUGGGCAGCCUUGCUGGUAUCUCGUUCCCAAAGUCGGCAUGAUCGCUAUCAAUGAUGCAUUUAUGCUCGAAUCUUCCAUCUAUCUUCUCCUCAAGAAGCACUUCCGCCAAGAAAAGAGCUACAUUGACAUGGUUGAGCUCUUCCACGAAGUCACACUCCAGACCGAGCUUGGCCAGCUGUGCGAUCUGCUCACUGCUCCUGAAGACCACGUGGACCUCGAUAACUUCAGCCUGGACAAGUUCUCCUUCAUUGUCAUCUUCAAAACCGCUUACUACUCGUUCUAUCUCCCCGUUGCCCUCGCCCUGCAUUACAUUGGCGCUGCUACGCCCAAGAACCUACAGACGUGUCUGGACAUCCUCAUUCCGAUGGGCGAAUACUUCCAAGCCCAAGAUGACUACCUCGACGCUUUUGCCGAUCCGAAGGUGCUUGGCAAGAUUGGGACCGACAUCCAGGACAACAAGUGCUCAUGGCUGGUCAACCAGGCCCUCCGGAAAGUCACUCCCGAGCAGCGCAAGAUCCUAGAGGAGAACUAUGGCCAGAAGGACUCUGAGAAAGAGGCGAAGGUGAAAGCACUGUAUCACGAGUUGAAGCUGUCGGAAUUCUACGAACAGUGGGAAGAAGAGCGCGUUGCCGACAUCAGAGCUAAAAUUGAUAAAGUGGACGAGUCCGAAGGCUUGAAGAAGGAGGUGUUCGAAGCUUUCCUCAAGAAGAUCUACAAACGCAGCAAAUAA